CUAGUGGAGUAAAUUUAGGUCAGCGUUCGGCUGCGGAAAUCUUGACGUGUAGAUGAAUUGAAAAAUACAUUUUUACACUAAUCAUGUAAAAGCCCCUUGCGAGACUAAUACAGUUUAUAAACGAAUAAUUAAACGUGGGCUGUUCAAGAGGGCAGUGUAUGCAGUGAGUCUGACCACAAGACACUUUUCUGCGAGAUGAGCGUCGCGUGAUGUUGAUCAUCAGACGAUGCGCGCGCCUCCGAGAGAGGCGAAGAAAGGGGCCGAAAGCUUAAUAUCACGUGUAUCGGUGCACAGUAAAAGCCAUGUUGCUUAACAACUGUGUCAGACAAGAGGGAAAAGUUGUCGUAGAAAAGCAUUCCCCGCCUCCUGAAUGAAAAUACGCGAGCCCUAUUUUCCACGCCUUCAAACACAAGGAAAAUACCGAGAAAUACGAGAUUUUUUUUUUACCGGAUGGGUGUUUGGUUUCUGAUCGUAACCCAAGAGGAAAACGGUCGUGAUGAGCUUUACGCCUGAUAAAACGCUAGCUGAGCUGAACACAGUGUUGUCAGAGGUGAUCUGCCCAGGUGAGGUGGCGUGGUGCUGACAGAUAUGGAGGUGGGAAGUCUGCCUGUCGAGCUCUGGCGCCUCAUCCUGGCGUACCUGCCUCUGCCAGAUCUGGGUCGAUGCUGUCUGGUGUGCAGAGCCUGGCGGGAGCUCAUUCUGAGUUUGGACAGCACACGUUGGCGCCAACUCUGUCUAGGAUGCCCUGAGUGUCGUCACCCAAAUUGGCCCCGUCGGCCCCACCUGCCCCCGGUUUCCUGGAGAGAGGCUCUCCGUCAGCAUGCUCUUGCCAGCCGCACCUGGACCCAGAACGGCUCGGACCUCCACUCGUCUGCCUGCCUCCAUCUUUUCCGCCGGAGGAAAGACCGCAGGGUUUGGCAUGUGGGGACAGUAGCGGGAGGCGGUUAUGAGACUCUUAGGGGAGCGCUGGCUGCGGCAGGGCCGUACGAUAAGGUGGUGCUCCACGCGGGUGUGUAUGAGGAACAGGUGGAGGUGUCCCUGAAGGUGCCUGUGGAGAUUGUUGAUGGGCAAUUUGGGGAUGUGUCGUUGCUGGUUAGCUUUGAUCAACAGUGCCCAACAGCGAGGCUGUGCAAUCUGGUGUUCAUGCCGGCGUGGUUUUCACCCGUGGUUUAUAAGACGUCUUCUGGUCAUGUCCAGUUGGACAACUGUAACUUUGAGGGCUGUCAACUGCACAUCCGGGGUCCAGGGACGUGUCAGGCUCGUUUCUGCUCCUUUGCCCAGGGCAGCUCAGCCCAUUUUCUAGGAGUGGCCAUCAGUCUAAUGGACAGCUGUGAGUUCUCAGGGGGAGAUUCUGCCUCUGUCACUGUGGAAGGUGCUCCAGUCUCUGAACGCAACUGGGCCUUCAAACACCUGAUUGCCUUGGCCAAGACCUUCACCAUGAUGACUAGUAAUGCGUCAGCUGAAAUAUCUAAUCAGAGCGGGAAAGACAGUGUGGGUGCUGGAAGUCAUGUAAACACACCCUUGGAAGGAGUUAACACAAUGGAAGGCUGGAAUAAACAGGAAGUAGAUUGGGAAGCAAACUGGGCAAAACAGAAAGGUGGAGAUAGCCUUCUUCCAAGUCAGGAUGGUACAAUGAUUGAGGAGGAUGGCAUGGAAACGUCGAGUGAGUCAAGUGAGGAAGAUGAUGUGCAAGACGGUGAGAAAGAGCACGUCUUAAAACUUUCAUAUGAUCAGCACGGACUGGCACAUCUCACCAAAGCAGAUACGCCCGAUUCUUCUGCAUUUCCUGCGCUGUUGAGUCUGUCUGCAGAACUGCAGAGGGAUGCAGAGGCACGGGACUUGGUUGCAUCGGUUCAAGGCUGCCUGCUGCGGCGAUGUCUGCUGCGUGAUGGAAAAGGUGGCGUGCACCUGUGCAAUCACGGUCAAGCUCGACUGGAGGCCAACGUGUUCAGAGGGCUCAACUAUGCAGUGCGCUGCAUCCAGAAUGCCAAAAUGGUGAUGUUGCGUAAUGAAGUGUGUGGGUGCAAGGCGUCUGGUGUGUUCCUGCGACUCUCUGCUCAAGGUCUCAUUGCUGAAAACAACAUUCAUUCCAAUGGGGAAGCUGGUCUAGACAUCCGCAAAGGGGCUAAUCCUAUUAUACUGUGUAAUAGAAUCCACAGUGGCUUGCGUUCCGGGAUUGUUGUCCUAGGCAACGGGAGAGGUUCUAUACGCAGUAACCAGAUCUAUGGCAACAAGGAAGCUGGCGUGUAUAUUCUUUUUAAUGGCAAUCCUGUUGUCAGUGGAAAUCACAUUUUCCAGGGCCUCGCAGCAGGCAUAGCUGUCAAUGAGAACGGAAGAGGACUUAUCACUGAGAAUGUUAUAAGGCAGAACCAGUGGGGCGGUGCUGAUAUCCGUCGAGGAGGAGAUCCAGUUCUUCGCAAUAACUUCAUCUGUUACGGUUACUCAGACGGAGUGGUGGUGGGAGAGAGAGGGAGGGGCCUCAUUGAGGGCAACCAUAUAUACGGGAACAGAGGCUGUGGGGUAUGGGUAAUGUCAUCUAGUCUACCUCAGCUCAUUGGAAACCAUAUUACCCAUAACCGCAUGUAUGGGCUAGCCGUGUUCUGCCGGAAGGACACAGAGUCUGCUGUGAGCCGAGAGGGCUAUCGCUCAUUACAGGAAAGAGAGAGAGGAGUCGGGGUUGGAGAGAGGGACAGAGGAGCUCCAGAGAACUUCAAUGAGGAAGGAGAACUGAUGGCAUGGGAAAGCGACAUCGAUAGCGAAGAUGAGCGCUUUUCUUCUCGCCGGCCAAUCACAGUUGCCCUUGUGGAAAACAACUGCAUUAGCCACAACGGAGCUGUUGGAGUGUAUGUGAAGAGCAGUGAGCCUCUGAACGUGGUGGCAAACAUGGUGAACAGUAACAGAGGAGAUGGUGUGUCUGUCAUUCAGAGCGCUCAGCUGACACGUUUAGUUGGAAACUGUGUCCUCUGUAAUGGCUGGACAGGAGUGGCUGUGGACAGAGAGUGUCGAGUUGAGCUGCGUGGCAAUGGGGUUUAUGGCAAUAACUGUCACGGAGUCUGCUUCCGAGGCGAUGGGCUGAUUGUGGAAAAUGAUGUGGUCGGAAAUAAUGCUGUUGGAAUACGAGUGAUUGACAAUGCAGAUGUUAAAGUAUUGAGGAAUCGUGUUCAGGCGUUGCGAGGUUAUGGGAUUUCUGUAAAGGAGCGGGUCCGAGGUGUGAUUCAGGAGAACCUGGUUUAUCAGAGCCACCCUACAAGUACUAAAGCUCCCAUAUGGACAAACAAACAGAACCUGGAGUGUGUUGUACUUAACAACUCUCUGCUCACACCCAGAUCACAAGCACUUUGGGCCUUGGAUAAUCCACCUCCUCGUCCCCACAAUAAUAACCCUUCUAGUGUCACCCCCUCCACACUUCCUGCUCACCUUGCCAUCACCAUGACAAACAGAAUCACUGCCUCUGUAGAAAGUGGUUGCCAUAACAACGGCAGUAUCUUUUGCUCAAUUUUAUGAGGUACAUAUUUCCUGGCUUUGUAGCUCCACAACAUCGGAUGGAUAUUCCUACAAUGUUCCCUCAAUGUGAACCCUGGGUGAAGGAGGUGAUGGCACUGCUUCAGUGUUGGAUGAAGACUCAAGCACAUGACAUUCAAAUGAUCAAAAAGCACUUUAAUACAAUUAACCAAAGGUAGGUUGCUUAGUAGUCCGAUAAUCAAAGGAAUUUAAAGGAUUAAGACCAUCUUUCUGAUAUACUUGGAUCUGAAAUGAAUCAGUCCACUCUCUCUAAAUUGAUCAGUGUUUAAAAGCAACGUACUGGAGUUUGGAUUUGAUCAUGUACAUGAAGCCUGGCUGGUUAACAAUCCAGCUGAAAGCACAUUCAGUACAGGACACUUUUCUGCUGGAAGCAGAUCCCUUCAAAUCAAGCAUCUAUUUACCAUGAAUUAGUAAAAUACGUGGAUUUAAUUGUCCAGUGGUCCUACAGCCUGUUAUUAUCCUUUUAGACAUUCACACACAGUCAGGAGGGAGAAAGAGACACAAGGGAAGUUGAAGUGAGAGACAUGUCACGUGGCUUACUCUCUCUUCCCAAAAGACCAGAUCUAGUGCUCAAAAUAGAAGAUAAACAAAUUCAGUGCACAUUGGGAAUUGCAGUCCUGCUGGCUUCAGCUGAGGUUCUGUAAUGGACAACAACAAAACAGUAUGCAUUGGGUACCACGAUGAAGCCAAUCACGAGUCGAGGGAAUAUUCAGCUUUUUCCUAUAAAAACACUUUAUUUUAUUUUUUUAUUUACAUGUGAGCAUUAUUGAAGGGCGAAACCGAAAGCUACCGAAUGGAAAGAUUGAAAGACUUUGCAGGAAAUUUUGAAAAAAACUAUUCAAAGGGGAUAGUCUAACCUAAAUAUGAAAUUGUUGUCAUCGUUUACUCUAUCCUCAUAACCACAUGUCAUUUCAAACCAGUAUGGCUUUUUUAUAUGAUGAAACUUAGAAGACUACUAGUAAUUAAAUAGCUUUGGUUCCCACUGACUUUCACUGUAUGGAGAACAACAUGAGAGUGGGUAAAUGAUAACACAAUUUUACUUUUUGUGAACAGUCCCUUUAAAUGUGAUUUUAAGGGCGCUGAUUCAAUAGGCCUAUCGAUGAAUCAUUUAUUUGAACUGUAAAGAGUUGGAAUUACAUGAUUCCACAACGUUCAAUCAUGUAAAGGAAACAUUUAGAUAUGCAAUGGCCACUAUGGUAGCCGUUUUAUCAUUUUGGAGACUGGAAGCAAUCAUAAAUUAAAGCUAGACUUGAUUUGAGUGUUGUUUGAAUGUCAGUAAACCUUAGUACUAAUAAAAUAACAAGAAACUAAUGAUAAAUUCUAACUUCAAUCAGUCCGUUAUCCUAAAGUAGUCACAGGGCCUAAAAGUGAUUGGAUUCCUUAAGAGACCAUGGCUAUGUUCAGAAUGGAAUACUAAUUUAUUUACUAAACUUUGCAAAGUAUAUGCUUUAAAUUGUCGGUUAUUUUUUAAAGAUGAUAUAAAAGUAGGUAUAAUUCUGAAUCCACAAACACUCAUUGACCUCAUUGAAUACGAGUGGCGAGAAGUUGUUGACUUUGCCAAAUGUAGACAUUUUUACACACAAAAUAUUUUUUAGUCCAAACAAAUAAGAUACUGUCAUUUCUGUUAUUUGAUUGUACUGGAACUUUAGAAGUUAUUGCAUGCAAAUGUCGGAUGAUUUGGUAUCGUGAACAUUUGCGCACUAUGCAUAGUGUACAUUACUGCAGGAAUAGUAUGCCAUUAAGAACAUAGACCAUCGCUAAAACAAUGGGUCUUGUAAUGUGAUUUAGUCCCAGAACACUAGACCUUAUUUAUCAAAAAGUAGCCAUCUUCUGUUAGAUUUACAGCAGGCUGUUAUUUUUGUAAUGUUCUCAUACCACUGCUGGUUUGAUUUGUAAAGUGCAAUAUGUAUCUACAUUAAUGUGCCUAUUUUUACAGUAUGGUUUUUAUACUUCUUGUGCAGUAUAAAUAUAAUGGCUGUCAUAGCAAA